GUGUUGUGGUGUGGCUGCAGCAGCAGCAGAAGAAGAAGGAGCAACAGAAGUUGUUGCAGCUGUCAGGAUGAAACUUUGACCAGAAGCAAAGAAGCUGCUGCGUCAUCAUGGCUCUACAGGCCGAGGUUCUCUACGACUUCACGGCUGAACCAGGAAACAACGAGCUGUCAGUGAGACGGGGAGAGACCAUCUGUGUGCUCGACCAGACGGUGGGUGGAGGCUGGAUCAAAGCCCAGAACUCCAGCAGACAAACCGGUCUAGUACCUGAGGGAUAUUUACAGUUACAGGUCGGUGGUGUCAGUGAAGGAAGCGGGGACUCCUGGGGGGCCGGGGCCUUUGUCAGUAACACAACAGAAGGAUGGGACAGUCGAGGAUUUACGCAGACACAACAAGCAGCUGUCGAGUACGAUGAUGGCGAGUGGGACGAUGACUGGGACGACCAAUCGGUGGGCGGUUACCAUGGUGAUGAUCAGCUGGACGAGGAGGGAGGAGCUUUAGGACGGAGCGCCCAUGGGCCGUCCAUGAAGAUCUCCCUGAACAGGUUUCCGUUCUCCAAAGGUCCAAGCCCUGAAGUCUUCUUGUUGGCCAAACCUCCAGCCAACAGCAGAGACAGACUUCCUGUCUACAUGGGAGAGGUGGGUCCGGUCUGGCUCUACCCGUCGGCUCCUCUCGACUGUUUGAUCGCCGAUCCGAAGAAAGAGUCCAAACUGUACGGACUGAAGAGCUUCAUUGAGUACCAGCUCACUCCCAAUACGAGCAACAGACCUGUCAAUCAUCGCUACAAGCAUUUUGAUUGGCUGUAUGAGCGUCUGCUGGAGAAAUUCGGCUCCGUUCUGCCAAUCCCCUCGCUGCCCGACAAACAGGUCACAGGACGCUUCGAGGAGGACUUCAUCAGGAUGAGGAUGGAGCAGCUGCAGUCCUGGAUGACCCGGAUGUGUCGUCACCCAGUCGUCUCUCAGAGCGAAGUCUUCCAGCUCUUCCUCACCUACAGAGACGAGAAGGAGUGGAAGGCGGGGAAGAGGGCGGCUGAGAGGGACGAGACGGUGGGGCCGAUGAUGUUCAGCCUGAUCGAACCCGAGGCUGCCGAGUUGGACGUCACCGAGGUUGAGCGUCAGUGUGAGCUCCACAGCCACUUCACAAAGUCGAUGGACGACGGAGUCAAAGAGCUGCUGAACGUCGGACACACGCACUGGAAACGCUGCACCGGACCGCUGCCUAAAGAGUACGAGCGGAUCGGUCGAGCCUUCAGGAACCUGUCAGCUGUGUUCACCAGCAGCAAGUAUCCAGGUGAGGAGACGCUGACGGACGCUCUGACAGCCACGGGAAAAACGUACGAGGAGAUCGCAGAGAUCGUCGCUCAGCAGCCACUGAAGGACCUUCACUUCCUGUUGGAGACGAACAGCGAGUACAAAGGCCUGCUGGGAUGUUUCCCUGACAUCAUCACAGUGCACAAGGCUGCAGUAGAGAAGGUGAAGGAGUCGGACCGUCUGGUGUCUGCUGGGAAAAUUAACCACAACGACAGGAAGCUGAUGAACCGACGAAUCAGCUGCAUGAGCUACGGCCUGCAGGCUGAGAUGAAUCAUUUCCAUAGUAACCGUAUCCAUGACUACAACAGAGUGAUGCAACAUUACCUGGAGCAACAGGUGACCUUCUACCAGCAGAUCGCUGAUAAGCUGCGAGGAGCUCUGAGCCAGUUCACCACACUGUGAGGAUGAUGACAUCACCGCCGCCGCUGAUGACAUCACUGUGACACUGUUAACAAAAUAAAAGUCUGUUUGAAUAUUAAUGA